AUGUCCUCGGGGGAACGUCAAUUCCGGCCUCUCCGCCAACCCCCCGUUGCCCAGCCAACUGUUAUCCCUCCGGGCUGGGCUCGCCAGCGAAAUGCACAGAUGAUAAUCAGAGGUGUGCCUUCCGGGGCAACACCGUACGACAUCUACCAAUUCUUCUCAACCUACAGCACGGUCGUGUAUAUUGGUAUGGAUGACAGUCGAAGGAAUGCCGACCGGACAGCUCGGGUGCGGUUUGAGCCCCCGCCAUCCGACCUCAGCUUCAUUCGAAAUGGCCGUUGUACUCUUCAGGUCCAGGGGCGCAUAGCAGUUGUCUCGGUCGAGUUUCCAAGGCAGCAGGAGGGAGAAGUGACAAUUCGGACGCCCCUUGGUAAUCCCUGCCCUGCGACUAUCGUCUUGUCGCCUUUGAGUCUCCGAUUCGGUGUAUCGACUCGGCCGGAAACAUUCAUGCCCAAGAAAGCAAUCCACCCUAUUCCUGAGUUCGAUUUCAAACUCAGUAUCGAUUUCAAGCACAAGAUGCUCGUCGUGGCCUUUCCGGUUGAUUGGAAGAUGACCUAUGAGGGCUUCCCGCUUAGUUUGCACCAAUUCCGCAUGAAGAUCACUUUCAACACCAUCAAAGACAUCUACCGCCUGACUGCCUCUCAAGAGACUCAGGGCUUGGUUAUAACUGUUAGCGACCCUCCCACUUUCUGGAGAAAGAGGUCUCGUUUAGGUGCUGCCAGGACCUUUUCCAAAGAUCGGCUGUUCUGGGACGACAAUGAACUGUGGGAGAGGGUCACAGAGAUCAAUAGGAAACAUCUAUGUGACCAGAAUGACAUAGUUUCGCUCGAUGAAGACUAUCAGCUUAUCGACACAGGUCGUUGGACAAGCUACUGGAUCGACAUGGACCUACACACUGCCGCCCUAUGGUCUACUGCUGAGACAAAGCUACAAGACUGGAACAUCAAGACAACACCCAUUGUCUCCUUCAACGUUAUCCCAGAGCAGAAACCGCAACUCUGGAAGGUCCUGGGCAAGCCAAUCACCGUGCGGCCGAAAGAUUCUAGCACGUCUUCAAAUGACGAUCUCGCUCUCCUCGGUUCAACUUCACACAACCAACUACGUUUUGAUGUGCGAUACCAGCUGGAGGUUUGCAUCUCCCAGGGAAUCCUAAGCGAGUAUGACGUUGGCCAUGAGUUCGUUGAGAAGCUUAUUGAGCUCUCGAGCCCUGAGAGCUUGACUCCAGACCGAGCCCGCCUGGUCCUCGAGUAUGCUGCUGAUCGGGGGAACAAAAUCUAUAACCCCAUGGAUCUGUUCGACGACAACGCCGCCAUGACUUACUAUCCAUCCACGAUGAACUUACCGGAUCACUGUGAGCUGGUCAGAAAGGCAGUCAUCACGCCAACCAGAAUAUACUUCAACACCCCCACAGUUGAGACUACUAACCGCGUGGUUCGUCAGUACAAGCAUGUUCGGGACAACUUCAUGCGCGUUCAGUUUACCGACGAGAAACUGAAGGGCCGCAUCCACGGAUGCACGGGAGUCAGGGAUGACUCGCUGUACAGGCGCGUACACCGGGUUCUCAAGUUCGGCAUCAAAAUGGGGCAAUGGUACUGGAGGUUUCUCGCAUUCGGCAACUCGCAGUUGAGAGAAAAUGGAGCAUUCUUCUUCUGUGAGCCCGAAGGAGACCCCGAAAAUGUCAUAACCUGCGGAAAGAUGCUCAAGUGGAUGGGGCGAUUCAGCCACAUUACCGUGGUCGCCAAGCAUGCUGCCAGAAUCGGGCAGUGCUUUUCAACGACUCGGCGCGUGCCUGGAAUAUCAGCUCCCCGUAUAGUCAAGAUCCCUGACGUGCAGAAGGGAAAGUACUGCUUCACGGACGGUGUAGGCAAGAUAUCAGGUCUGCUUGCCCGGUUCGUGGCCGAAGACUGGGACAUCAUCAGCCCGGCUCCCUCGGCCUACCAGUUUCGCAUGGGCGGCUGCAAAGGCGUUUUGGUGGUCUGGCCGGAUGUCAAGGGUACCGAAGUUCACAUUCGUAAGUCUCAGGAGAAGUUCUUUGCCGAAUUCAACGGACUGGAGGUCGUCAAGUGCUCUCAAUUCUCCAAUGCAACCCUUAACCGACAAAUCAUCAUGAUUCUGUCCUGCCUGGGAGUCCCUGAUCAGGUCUUUGUCGACAUGAUGAAAGAGCAGCUUACCAACUACGACAUGGCUAUCAAGAACAAGUUGAAGGCUGUAGAGCUGCUCACUCGGUACAUAGAUGAGAGCCAGACGACACCCGUCAUUGCGAGCAUGGUGCUCAACGGCUUCAUGGAGAGCCGCGAUCCAUUCUGCGAGACAGUCUUGCAGCUAUGGAGGUCCUGGUCGAUCAAGGCCCUCAAAGAGAAGGCGAAGCUCAUCGUUGAGAAGGGUGCCUUCGUUCUGGGCUGCGUAGACGAGACUGGAACCCUGAGGGGCCACUCGAAGCUACUCGAAGGCCAAGGAAAACCCGAACAGAACCAGCUGCCGCAGAUUUUUAUCCAGGUCCCAAACCCAGACGAGCGGAAUGCCUACAAGAUCAUUACCGGUCUGUGCAUCGUUGGCCGCAACCCCUCGCUCCAUCCCGGCGAUAUUCGGGUCGUGGAAGCAGUUGAUGUGCCCGCACUUCGACAUAUCAGAGACGCUAUUGUGUUCCCUCUGGUGGGAGAUAGAGAUAUUCCUAGCAUGUGUUCUGGAGGAGACCUGGACGGAGACGAUUUCUUUGUCAUCUGGGACGAGAAGCUCAUUCCCCCGUCCCAAUGGGACCACCCCCCUAUGGACUUUUCUCCACCCCCGCCAGUGGAAGAAAAGGAAAUCCCAACCACCGAAAGCCUCAUGGCCUUCUUCGUUCUUUAUAUGAAGAACAAUAACUUGGGGUUGAUUGCUCAUGCUCACCUAGCCAUGUCAGACUACGAAGACAAGGGCCCCAAGAGCCACCGAUGUCUGAAACUCGCCGAACUACACUCACAGGCGGUUGACUACGUGAAGACGGGGGUUGCUGCUGUAUGGAGCAGAAGCCUCGAGCCCCCGAAAUGGCCUCACUUUAUGGAGAAGAAUACUAAGAGAAGAUACCACUCGGGUCAGACUUUGGGCCAGCUGUACGACAUGGUAAGGAAGGAGGCGUUUGACUCGAAGGAAUGCUACAAAUUACCAUUUGACAGCCGAAUCCUCAAAAAGUACCGCCUCGACAACGAGCUACUGAAAAAGGCACGACGAAUCAAGAGCCAGUAUGAUGUUGCCUUGCGCAGAGUGAUGGGCCAGCUGGAGGUCAAGACUGAGUUUGAGAUCUGGACUACCUUCAUCUUCACUAAGCCUAGCGGCUUGGGCUCCGACUACAAGUUGCAGGAAAAAGUUCGCGCCGAGUCGGCCAGCCUCAAACAGGCAUUCCGCGACAUGUGCAUCACGGAAGUUGGAUCUCGUGAGUUUGAGGUUCUGGGACCCUUUGCUGCUGCCAUGUACCAGGUCACGUCGGAAGAGGUGCGUAUCGCCCUUUACGAGGCCCGCCAAACCCAUGUUCGUCCUGACGGAACCCUUGGGGUGCGGCGCAUCAACGCCAGGUCCAUGCCGUUGAUCAGCUUUCCCUGGAUCUUUGACGCCGUCUUGGGACGCAUUGCCACGGGCACAACCGAGGCUCCCAGAUUUUCGCCGGCUGCUACUCUUGGUGGCCACAACCCUGGCGCCCCGGGCAAGCAGAAGCAUCGUGGGCACGCAAAGCCCGACCGGGCGCUCAUGGACUACACGAUCACCAGCGAUGGACACGUCAUCCACCGAGGCGAGAUUCUUCACCUGUUUCGUCACGACGACGACGAAUACGGUGACGACGAGGAUGGGGAUAUUGGCGGCGUCGAAGAGGAUAAUGGCGUUGACGUUGACGUUGACGUCGAGAACGAGAACGAGAUCACCGACGACACUGGCAACAAUGCCGGCCGCGAUGCGGGCAACGACACCGGCAAUGAGACGGGCUAUGAGACUGGCACGGACACCGGUACCGGCACCGGCACCGGCGCCGGCAAUGAGAGCGGUAGCGAGAUGCUUGGUGGCGGCGUGGCGAGCGAGCAGGAGGAGGAGGAAAAUCUCAUUACGAUGUAA